AUGACAGUGAAUGAAACUGAUUUAUCACAGCGAGUCAACUUUAUUCCGAUAAAAAGGCCUUCAAACGAAGAUAUUCCAGACACAGCAACGACUCUAAAAAAGCGUACUAUAGACAAUGAUGAAAAGCAGGAGGACAAUGAACCUGGUUUUACUUCCCUUCAGAAAAGAUUGCUACAGCAAUUGAAUGGCACUCUUCCUACAAAUGAAAAGAUUAUCUUUAAGUAUCUGCAAGACUGUCAACAAGAAAUCGAUAGGAUCAUAAAACAGUCUGUAAUUCAAAAAGAGAGUCAUUCAGUAAUCCUUGUGGGACCCAGACAAAGCUACAAAACAUAUCUAUUAGACUAUGAGUUGUCUUUAUUGCAACAGUUCUACAAUGAACAAUUUAUAACUAUCAGGUUAAACGGAUUUAUUCAUUCGGAACAAACCGCUAUUAAUGGAAUUGCCACUCAACUGGAACAGCAAUUGCAAAAAAUUCAUGGAAAAGAAGAAAGGAUUGAUGGCGCCUCAUUAGAGACUAUCAGCAGUGGUUCGUUGACGGAAGUCUUUGAGAAAAUCCUUUUGCUCCUAGACUCUGCUGCAAAGACCGGAGCUGAAGAUAGAGGUGACGUCGAUGGAAGCAGUACGACAAAGAUAACUGUGGUUUUCAUAUUUGAUGAAAUUGAUACCUUUGCGGGGCCAGUAAGACAGACUCUAUUAUAUAACCUUUUCGACAUGGUGGAACAUGCUCGGGUACCUGUUUGUAUUUUCGGUUGUACAACAAAAUUGAAUAUGUUGGAAUAUUUGGAAAAGAGAGUGAAAAGUAGAUUUUCCCAAAGAGUAAUUCAUAUGCCACAAAUACGAGAUUUGGACGAUAUGAUUGAUGCAGUAAGAAGCCUACUUAGCGUUCACCCUGACGUCUCUCCCUGGGGUUCACAAUGGAAUGAUACAGUGGAAAAGGAAUUAUCCAACCCUCGAUCAAAUUUGAAUAAACAUAUUACGAUGAAUUUUGAAACCUUUAGAGCGUUGUCAGCCUUAAAAAACAGCAUGAUCCCAUUGGUAGCAACAUCUACUAACUUUGAUUCACUCUCUAGCGCCAUUAAGUCAUGUUCAUUUCUUGACCUAUACAAUAAGAACCAGUUAUCCAAUAGUUUAACAGGAAGACUGCAGUCCCUCUCCGAUCUAGAAUUAGCCAUUUUAAUCUCAGCCGCCAGAGUUGCCUUAAGAGCAAAAGACGGAUCCUUUAAUUUUAAUUUGGCCUACGCGGAGUAUGAGAAGAUGAUCAAAGCUAUUAACUCCAGAAUUCCCACAGUAGCACCCACCAUGAAUUUAGGAACAGGUCAAAAUACUCUUUCCAUUGAUAAUACUAUUAAGUUGUGGUUGAAAAAAGACGUCAAGAACGUUUGGGAAACUUUGGUGCAGCUAGAUUUCUUUACUGAAAAAUCCGCUGUCGGCUUAAGAGACAAUGCAACCGCAGCUUUUUACGCUAGUAAUUAUCAAUUUCAAGGUACUAUGAUCCCUUUUGACUUAAGAAGUUACCAAAUGCAAAUCAUCCUCCAGGAAUUGAGAAGAAUUAUCCCCAGAUCUAAUAUGUACUACUCUUGGACACAGCUGUGA